UCUCUCCACUUUGCAUAACUCCUCUUUUUUCUUAAGCGAUACGAGCUUUUGUCACUCGUAAAAGAUUCCCCCCCAAGGCACGCGGUAACAAGACCCGUUCCACAUUCUUAUAACCUCUAAAGAAACCACCGCUUCGGUUUAGACUUUCAUAGAAAUACUUUUUCAACUCAAUACACUUACCGAAAACCUGGAGUUCUAAAUUUGAACUGUCACCAAACAAUUCUGAUGCUCUGUAAACAAAAACAAAAUAAUCCACGAUUGUCGAAAGAUUUUAUGCAUUUAGAUAUCUUUUGUGCUCCGGAGCUCCAUUUGUAGAAAUCGAUCCGGAUAACAAUUUUUACUAAAUUGCAAUGUUUUCUAAGUAGAUAAUAAGAAAAAAAAUGCUCUUAGAUUCUGAAAAUAGUCAAUUAUUCCUUUCAAUAUACAUGUGCCGUCAAUUCCAGCUUUUAAACUGUGGUGAACAAUAAUAAAAUGUUUAAAAAUAGUCCUUCUCUGUGGCAUAAAAACAAUGAAGAAAUGAUAAAACAUGUGAAAAGAUAGCUGUUAAAUUUCAGUCGACUUGUCUCCGGACUUGAUUGACACGUGUCAACAUAGUUUUUCAAUUUGCCAAAAUUGUUCUCGCUUAUUGUACCUGAAAAAUGAGAUUUUUUUCUUGAAAUUCUUUUCAUUUCACUAAACAAAUGCUCCAAAUGUCAUUUCGUUCUACGUCAAGAGACAAAUCUCCCGAAUCUAAAAAUGCAAGCACUGAAACUGCUUCUUUGUCACCGGAGAUCAAUAGACAGGUUCAAGAAUACAAAGACUCCUUGAAAACAAAGGCAGAGCAAUUGUUGAUGAAAGGUUUUCCUGAGAAAAUAGUAAAACUGAACGAGCUUUUGGAGACACCAAGAUUCUGUAAAAGAGAUCUGACUGAGGUGUAUCAAGAGCUGAAUGUGCCCAUUCCAGAUCCAAUAGUGCUCAACCAUUCCGAAAAUGAACUUAAACAUAAAAAAAUCAAAAUAGACAAUACCUCGGAUGGAAUCCCAACAACUGGAACUAAAGUUAUGAUAUUGCCUAGCGGACCGAUACCAUGCAACAAACCGAUUUGUGAUAUAAUUUGCAUAGUCAAGCCAUACAUACUUCAACUUUUGGAAGACUCCAACGUCUUGAAAAUGUGGGUGUCCGUCAUGAUACCGAAGAUCGAAGAUGGCAACAAUUUUGGAGUAUCUAUUCAAGAGGACACACUCGCUGAAAUCCAAACCGUCGAAAGUGAGGCUGCGGCAUACUUUGAUCAGAUCUCAAGGUACUUCAUUUCUCGAGGGAAAGUACUGAGCAAAGUGGCGAAAUAUCCACACAUUCUUGACUACAGACGAGCGAUACAAGAGCUGGACGAGAAGGAAUUCGCGAGUUUGUGGCUGAUCAUCAGCGAGGUCCGAAAUCGUUAUUGUGCGUUGCACGACCUCGUUAUCAAGAACUUGGAGAAAAUAAAAAAGCCACGUUCGUCAAACGCUCAGUCAUUGUACUGAAGAAGAAAAUGUAUUGUCGGGUAUUCGUAAGAUGCACGACCAGCCUCACGGCAAACAAUUCACAAGAAAAUGGAAAAAAAAAUUGAAGCUUAGAUAAGAACCACGAAAGAAAUAAACAGUUAGAUUCGAAAUGAGCAAACAAAAACUGGAGAUAAACAGCAAUGUCCUCAAUUUUCGUCUGUCUUUUUUUCUGGCUUUAUUUGGAUCGAUAGUCGAUUAACAGAAACUGAGAAUCGUCAGGAAAAUUUUGUCCUACGGUAUUAAUUUAUUUUUUUAUUAUCCUUGUUUUCGAUAAUAAUGAUUGGACGGUUUUUCCGCCGGCUCGAGAAUCAAGAUAUUUUUUCCAACGAUUUUCAGUUCUCCAUUCUUCCUGUCCCCCCCAUCGAUUAACCCGAUUUUGUCAGUAAAACGGAAUAACUUUAUUCUUUUGUUUGCACUUGUAAUCUCUAAUUUCUCGUAAUAUUGUCAACGAUUGAAAUAAAUCAUGAAUUUCUCCAUCCAGUGUAACUUGGCGUUAAAUCCUCUAUGCAUUAAUAAUAAAAACAAAAAAGGAGCAAUAAAUGAAGAAAAACACUA